AUGAAACUUUUCAUAGGACUCGCGGCAAUGGCUAAUGCUGGAAACAUGCAGCAACGGCACGAUAAAAUUAUGGGACACCUUGAUCGACUGGCGGAGAUGUCCAUGGACAUGGAAAACCGGAAGGAUGCCCGCCACGUAGCAAAAGUCCAAAAAUGGGCAGCACGAGUCAUCGACGCAAAUGAUCGAGACGGAGCCCCGUGCGACGAGGCUGUCGAUGCUGGUGAUGACCUCAAUGUCUUCGACAAAAACGACCCCUGCAAGCUCAACUCUCAGAUCAUGUCUGCGUUGCGCUCUUUUGCCCGAAAAUAUGCCUGCAACGGGCGAGGAAACGUUCCCAGACAAAUAACGCGUCGAAGCAAAAGACUUCAGCAGAAUUUCCACCGACGAAAAUGUGAUGCGGAAGAGCCCGGUCCCGAGUUCAAGGAGCUCACUGAUUUCAUCACCGCCGGCCUCGACACCUGUUCCAACGCGCUGAACUUCCCCGGUCUCGAAUCUGGAAAGAUCGUCGGCGGCGUCACGGCUGGAGACAACGAGUGGCCGUGGAUCACUCGUCUUUUCUUGCGAGAAACGGUCGGCAGCGGCGGUGGAUACCGAUGCGGCGGCAGCAUCAUUCACACGAACUGGGUUUUGAGCGCUGCUCAUUGCUGCGAGGGCAUGGCGGAGAUUUUCGCUACUUUCGGCGAUCUUCAUGCCAAUGCUCAAGAAUCAGACGAGUACACUCUCGUAUCCAGCACGUUCUUCAAUCACCCAGAAUACGGCAACAGCUCCGAUGGAACUGGACAAAACUCAGACUGGUGCUUGAUCAAAUUCGACCAGAACAUCAUCGCUGCGGACCCAGAGGGAAAGACAGAGAUUGCUUGCCUUCCCGAUGCUGAGCCCGACCAUGGAGAAGCUUGCUGGGUCGCCGGCUGGGGCACUACUUCUUCUGGUGGAUCGCUCUCAAGCACUCUCCAAUCUGUCGGAGUCAACUACAUGAGCCAGGAAUACUGCCUCAACAACAGUUACCAAAGCUUCUUGGUCGCCGACGACAUCUGCGCUGGAAUCCCCGAUCUCAACGAAGACGAUAUUAUCGACGGCGGCAAAGAUGCUUGCCAAGGUGACUCUGGCGGACCCCUCAUCUGCCCAAUCAACGGUCGUGCCACUCUUAGCGGCGUUGUUUCUAGAGGAACCGGAUGCGCCUGGGAAGGAUACCCCGGUCUCUACUCUUCUGUCUUUGCUGCCAAAUCUUGGAUUCAAGAAACAAUCGCAAAUAACUGA